AUGGCGACCACGAGCACGACCACGGACGAACACCCAAUAGAGGCAGGGCAGGAGGAAGAGCAGAAGCAGGGAGAAAGGGAAGCGCAGCCUGUAGGACACCUCGAUACGGUAGACGUAGCGGAUCUGCAGGCGUUCAACGAGCGGAAAACAUGGAUUAUCGAGAAGACAAAGUAUUUGGAAACGUUGACACCGCUCGAGCCCCUCAGGAGUGAUAAUCUCGUUUAUCCUGAUCGGGCACCGGGGUUACCGACGCUGGAUGAGAUUAGGGUGUGGGUACGAGAGGUGCGGACGUUGGAGAAGGAGACGGACCAGUUUGAUAAGUCGGAUUUAAAGAGACUGAGAAAGACUGCGAGAGCUGCGGCAAAUCGGCAUCUUACACCGGAAGAUACCGACCUUGUCGACCUCACCUUGUCGACGUUACUUGCUCUGGAUCAUCUGCUGGAAGCGAUCCAGCAGCGGUCUGAACAGCUGGAUCUGUUCGGUCAUCGGGUACGAUGGGAAGACCAGCGUACCGAAUGUGAGCAAGAGCGGCGUGCUAUCAAAUCCGAUUUGCACAAUUUCAUCGCUGAGCAUGCGCGGUGGUCGCCUUCGACGUACGAGGAGGUCUCCGCCUCCAGUGUCUCUGGCAUCCCGGAACACUCUGCUUCAACAUCUGCGACGGCUCCGCCCUCGGCUGUCCGAUCUAUGACCCCGGGUUUUUCUCGACCAUCUUCUGCUCGUUCUACGCCAACGAUGGCCUUCCAAGCGAGCCGGAGCCAGCGGUUCCAGCUUGGUCAACAGCUAGCAACUGACGCGUCGAGGCUCUAUAUGCGCGCGUCUAACUUACGCCAGGGAAGAGUCGAAGUCUCUGGCAAGUUACUGGAUAGACUUAUCUCACUGAAGAAAAUACCUGAGCCGUUCUUGGAUGAACAAGACAGACUUGAGGACGAGACGGACUUCUUGAGGAGGUCAUUGGGAGAGUUUGCUCUUGCGUUGGCUGAGCAGUGGAUUGUGGCCGACCGCGUUUAUAGCGACUGCAUUAGACAUCAGAGUGAAGCCCAAGCUAUUAUGGCCGAUCUUGGAAGAGCUUCAACGAAACCCCCCAAUCAGAGGCUACAUGCCUCCUUGUCCUACCGAAUGACCAACCUUCAAUCUCGGCUCUCGACAACGGCGUACGACGUGCUUGUAUUCCGCCAUAUCCCACAGCCAACGCACAACUCCUAUUCAGAACAAGAGCAGCAUAACGAGCAGAUUGUACAGACGUUGUCGGAGGAAUUGGAGACUGCUCAGAACCUAGCUCGCUUAGCUGCCACGAGCGUGAAGGAAUAUCAUGAUGCUCUCAAGAUCUUACACCGGGCAGACAAGAUCAAGGAGGAGAUGAGCUUGCGAAAGUCGCAGCUUUCCGCGUUGGCCGUGAAACUCGUCCGAGGAGCCGACACUUCAGCAGAGUCUUCAACUGCACCAGACCUCUCGACAGAAGCCUGUUUGGAGCCGGGUCGACAUAGCGCAUAUAUGGCAUCCUUACCAGCACUGCUCAGCGAACUCGACGAAGCAGGACGAUCGGCCGAUCGGCUCGUGAGAACGGCGCGCGCGCACCUUCCUACUCUCAAGCCUAUUACCCUUGCCCCAGGAUACAUGGAUGCUUGUAUGCAAGCUAUCACCUCGCUCGAGUCGGAACGACGUUCACUUCUCACAACCCGUGAAGCUUCUUGUGCCUUGGCAUCUUGUUUCAACACGGUCUGCCAGAUUUGGAGCUCUACACAGGAUAUCCAGCGGUCAUGUCAAAAGCGGCAGAUCGAGAUACAGAACGGUCUCGAAUGCGAUAGAUGGAGGCCAAAGUCGCCUAUCUCAUCGAGCAGUGGCCCCCCGACACCUGAGACGCCCUCAAACCGAAUGUUUACCGAUUCAACAUCGCCUUCCGAAGUGUUAGCACAUGUCGACAACUUGACGAAACAAUUCAAACGCGCUGUCGAAACGCCCGUGAAGAGUGUUAUUCCAUCAAUGACGGACAGGCUCAGAUCGCACUUCGACACCUCUUCGGAGAAGGUCAAGCAGGAUCUUUCAGAUCUACAAGAGCUGGCGAAGCUCUGGCAGCGCGUGCGGGAACAAGCGUUCGCAAUGGCAGAUACCAUGAAAGAAGCGGACGCACUGGAUAACAGGCUCUCUUCGCUUCUUCUCGAGGCCAGUGGUCUUUGGCAAGAGGUGUCUGCGGCGUCAGUCAUCCCUCAGCUAGCAGACGUCAUAGAUCCUCUACGUCAACAAUGUUCCGCUUUGCGCCAAGAGAUCGAGGCUUUCUCUGCCGGACUUGCAGCUCGUGUUCCCUUUGUGACCGGCCGCACGCAGUCGCCAUUGUCACCGUACAAGGUUCGCAGUCCGAAAUCUUCAACAACGAUGCCCAUGCCUCAGACACCUCCCGAAACUACGGUGAUCCCUUCGAUAGUGGUACCGUUUGACCCUCCCGUUCUCGAUGACGCUGUACGAUCCCAGAUCAACGUGCGCUGUGCUAGCUUACAAGGGGGUAUCCACAACCUAGACAAACGAAUAAGACUCCUUGAUCGGGCAGAUCAAGUACGGACACUGGAAACGUGCCUCGCACAGGCCGAAAAUCGCAUUGAUGACGUCUUCAAGUCAUUAGAUGCUCGAACACAAGCAAUAACGGCUCUUGCUUCAAACGUUGGGGCUGAAUCGACUAAAGAUGUUCAGCUCGCAUUGGAAGCACUUGAGAGCGAAGCCACUGAACUCAUCACAUUUGCAUCAGCGUUAGACCAACUUCUUCACGAUAUCAUGACUGGAUCCCAAGAAGCACAUGAUGAUGUUCAGCGCACUAUUUCUGCUGAUAAGGAUAAUGAAGACCUCGGAGGACUUCUCAAGCCCCGUCUAAAACGGUUGGAAGCUCUGGAGGACAAGGAGGAUCAGUUGCACAAGAACUCAGCAGCAGCACUCCGAGAACUCCGCGACGUAUCAACUGCGUUGGCGAAGAGAUUGGCUCUGCUGGAGUCAGAAGAAGCGGACUCUUUGGCCAAGCAGAAAGAGGAAACGACCUCUGCCAUGCAACGAGCGAGCCCUCACAGCGAAGCUCCCCCCCAUAUCCAGGAGGAAACAGUACAGCAGGUUGCGCCACGCAACCUAGCAUUUCCUGGAAUUGAAGAGGAUGAAGCAAACAUACCAGACUCGCUGUCAGCCGAUAUCUCCUCCGGAACUAUCCUCGUUCCUAUACCGCGGGAGGAUGGGGCUUACUUAGCGCCUGUCUCCGACUCAAGCUUGUCUUCUGGAACAAUCCUCAUCCCUAUGCCGCAGGAAGACGCAGCUUACUUCCCGCCUACCUCUGACUCAAGGUCGCCCUCCAAAGUCGCACCGAGAGGGAAAGCUAAAACUUCCAUUACCGCAAACGCCCAUACUGAGCAGUCACGCACUGUAUCAAGCCCUUCUCGGAAUCUUCCAGUUCCAAGUGUAGUUGUGACCCGUGACUCAUCUUCUCGAGAAGAUGUACUCCCUAACCCGCGGUUUGUGACACGCACUGCCGGAAGUCCUUCGCGGCGCAUUGACCUCAAAAGUCCCCCUGCUUCUCCGAAGGCAAGACGCUCCAGUGCCUUGUCGUUAAUGACCAACAUGAACACACACCCUGUUGAGAAACAAGAGAAUGGUGUCGUUGAGUCUGACGAGAAUGAGAAAGAAGAAGAUGUAUUUGGGACUCUGGUCCCUUUGACUGAGAACAAGGAUGCUCAAAUGAUGGUGGCGAAAGCCCACGUUCUUUCCGACCUUAGGACCACUCUUUCCAACUUGAAGCUGGAGGAACUUGCCCAUUCCCUCACGCCUGAAAGCCAGUUUUCCAUGCUACCUACUCAUGACAUUGUCGAUCAAGCUCGCUCUGCUGUGGCUAUUGCCCAAGAGAAAAUACAGGAUUUAGCAGCACCGAGCUCAGAUGUCAGCACACAAGCGCAGGGUCAUUCACUCCGACAAGAACUGAAUGUGACUGUGCAAUUGAUACCUCGUCUGGAAGCACUUGCUUCAUUCGCAGCCAAGAUCGACGAAUGCGAUGCGGGUAUCAACGAGAUCAUCUCCCAGUUGGACACUUAUCCGGAUGCCCCUCAGUCGAGUGCAUCGCCUUCAGUAUCUGGGUAUGGUGUAGCUCGCCGCCAAUUAAGUGCACUCCUCGAAAAUGUAUCGGCUACUGUCCAAACUGCAUUGGAGGCUGCUGAUGGCCUGGCUGACGAUUUCCGGGUUCUGAAUGAGCGAAUGCGCAUUGAACAAAUAUGGGCCGAAGCAAAGGACGAAGCGAACGACCGACUGGAUCCCGCUUUUGUUCGGACGAAAUCAGCUAUGUCUCUCUCCUCGCUGAGCAGCAGCACUUCGAUAAAUCAUUUAUCGACACCAUCUCUCAAGAAGCCAUCUUUAUCGAGGCAGUCAAGUACAACAAUAUUGUCGGGUCGAUCCUCUGUGUUAUCAGCAUCUACAGGAGGCCCAUGGAUUCCCAGCGUCGGCAUCAAACCAACCAGUCGCUCUGUAUCCGGCCCUCUUCCACGCACGCCUGCUAGUCGACUUCCUCGACCUACCGACUCACCCACUCCAUCCGCAGUUCUCCGGCAGCGCGCCGAGAGCGUGGUCUCUAAUUACACUCAAAGGAGUCGUCAAAGCCUUGAUUCGUUUGCCCCAGUAUGGACCCGCGGCAUCUCUGACACGCGCCGUCGCAAGAGUUCAAUGAGCUCGGAGGUCACCCCCACUAGGCCCCGCAAUAUGUCCAUGAGUUCUUCCUGGAGUAGAACACCUCGGCAAUCAUUCGGUUCACCUAUGCUACCCUCGAGAGAAGGCCCGAAGAAGCGUCAAUACGUCGCAAACCCGAAGAAUAAACUAGAUGUGGCUGUUGGUAAUGUCAUCAAUCGACUUCCGGUAAACGUCAACGUUCGACCACUUCCGGGAUGGAAGGACCAAAGUGGCAAGUAUUACAUUGGUGAUGCUAACGUCAAGCCCUAUUUCUGUCGUAUCCUACGUUCACAGACGGUCAUGGUUCGCGUGGGCGGCGGUUGGAUGGAGCUUUCCAAGUUCAUCAGAGGGCAUUUCGCAGAACUUUUCCGAAUUCUGCCUCCAGGUCCUUUGACUCCACCGAUCAAGGAGCCAUGGAUAAGUUCUGCUACAUUGUUGAAGGCGGCUGGCAGCCCGCUGCAGGCGGCGGGUUCUCCGUUGGCAUCACCAGUCGACCCAUCUUCACCAUUUUCGGACCCCAAGACGCCGUCACCAGCACAUGCCGGCGAUUUAAGCAACUCGAGCCUUUUCUCACUCGCAUCCUCAUCUUCGCCUGGAUCCCCUCUUGCUUCUAUUCAAUUCUUGCGUAAGGCGGAUGAAUUUGGGCGCUUAUCACAGUCCCCUACAUUACGAAAUUCCACGACCUCGAAACACAAAUCACAAGGAAAAGCGUCUGGUAGAGGCGUAUGGAGACCUUGAAUUUUUCUCCUCUAUUUUUGGAUUUAAUGCCCGACUAUGACGGACACCUCACGGAUACACUGACCACUGUACUGAGAUUUCUUGCAUGAUUCGUAUACCGACUGGAUACCCUUAUUCAUACCAUU